AUCUACUGCAGUUCAUCUCUUGCAGUGAAGCUUGUGGAUCUCCCAGCCCCAGCAGUAACCGACCACGAUGUCCUACUCCAGCUCUCGCUCAGUCAGUUCCGGGGGCCACUUCAAGGUACCCCAAGCAGGGUCUGUACACACUGUCAUCAAGCGUCGGGCUCCUAGUGUUUACGGAGGCGCUGGAGGACAUGGCACAAGAAUCUCAAGCCACUCCAUGUCAGGUGGUUUUGGAGGUUAUGGUGGAGUCUUUGCCAUGGGAGGAGGAGGAGGAGGAGGAGGGUGCUUCGGUGCCGGUGGAGAACAUGGUCUCACCAUCAAUGAGAAGACCACCAUGCAGAACCUCAAUGACCGCCUGGCCGCCUACCUGGAGAAGGUGCGCUCCCUGGAGGCAGCCAAUUCCAAGUUGGAGUUCCAGAUCCGGGAAUAUCUGAACAAUAAGACACCGCAACACCACGAUUAUAGUGCCUAUGAGAAGAUCAUCCAUGACCUCCAGCAACAGAUCAAUGCUGCUCGUCUUGCAAAUUCUGGGAUUCUUCUGCGAAUUGAUAACGCAAAACUGGCUGCCGAAGACCUCCGUGUAAAGUAUGAGAACGAAGUGGCGAUGAGGCUGUCGAUUGAGGCUGACAUCGCCAGACUGAGGAGAGCCCUGGAUGAGCUGACUCUGGUCAGAUCUAACCUGGAGUCAGAUCUCGAGCGUCUGAAGGAGGAGCUGAUCUACCUCAAGAAGAACCACCAGGAGGAUCUGGCAGCUCUUCGGGCUCAGAUGCAUUGUGCAUCGGUCAACGUGGAGGUGGACGCUGCCCCACAUCAGGACCUGGCCAGAGUCCUGGAAGAAACGAGAGCGCAGUACGAGGGCAUCGCCGAAAAGAACCGCCGGGACAUUGAAGCGUGGUACAAGAACAAGUUUGACACUCUGACCCAGCAGGUCACCAUGAGCACCGCUGAGCUCGAAGCCAACAAGAAUAAGAUCAUCGACCUGAGACGAGUGCUGCAGGGCCUGGAGAUUGAACUGCAGUCUCAGUUCGGCAUGAAAGGGGCCCUGGAGUGCUCACUGGAGGAGACAAAGGCCAACUACUCCAAUCAGCUCCACAGACUGCAGGGGAUGGUGAGCAACCUGGAAGCUGAGCUGAUGCAGCUGCGCUCAGACACCGAACACCAGUCCCAGGAAUACCGGAUCCUGCUGGACAUCAAGACCCGUCUGGAGAUGGAGAUCGCGGAGUACAGACGCCUGCUGGACGGAGAGGGUGGCAGAAAAUACCAUGAAGUGAUCACGACCUACCCACCAAUUGAACAAAAACAAGAUCCAGUAAAAACCCGGAAGGUAAAGACCAUUGUGGAAGAACGAGUCAAUGGAAAACUUGUGUCUACUCAAGUCCAGGAGGCGGAAGAGAAGAUGUAAAAGAACUAACACUUUCAACCUUCUACAGCUAAAUAUCAUAUCAAGCAUAUAUUAUUCACUGUAAUUUCUUCCAAGAUAAUUUCACUAACUACUGUAUUCCAGCAACAAUGGCCUUUUUAACCAAUGGGUCUAAUUCCAAAGUCUUAUUUUCAAAAAAAUACUACCAAUGGUGUGCAGAUGUAUAUUGCUCUUCCCUAUAAAACUAUAAUUGGGUAUUGAGAUUUUUAAUUUACUGACUCACAGUGGUCAUUGUUGCAGAAUGGGGCAGAAAUGACAGCUGCUCGCCCCUUAGUGGUCAGUUAUAAAACUACAUCACUUUAGAAUUAAGCUUUGGUAUGCCUUCAGAAACAGUCCCUCUAUUUUAGUUAGUAAGCUUUGCCAAUAAUGUUCUAAGCAGAAUCAGCAAUAGGGGAAGGUGAUUAUCUCAUUUUAAAAUUUGGGAUGUAAAUUUGGGUGUUCUGUAUCGAUGGGGUGUUUUACAAGGAUAGAUGAUCACUCAUCUUGCAUGCAAAUCUCUAACAAAUAAAAAUUAAUCAAUAUAUUUCAAACU